AUGUCAAAGGGAGAGGAUUUGGACGCUUUAGGGUAAAAAACUAAAUAUUUUAUAAAACGUUUUUGAUUGAUGAGAAUUUUUCAGUCCAUGAACAGGCCGGGCUCGGAAGAAAAAAGAAAUACGAGUACACCCUUGUUAACAUCUGGAACAGUAACCAAAAGUUCAUAUAGGUUCGACUUCCGUUGGAAUUACUGAGAUCUCUUUUAUCUCAGCGAGAUCUCGGUUAUCUCGUCCGAGAUCUCUCUGCGACAUUACAAAUCAGUCUCGGAGAGGUCUCGGCGAGAUCUUUACGCCAUUAUAAAUCUCGCCGAGAUCUCGGUUAAAUUGUUGCACCGGUCGGAUUUAUGUUUUUUUUAAGUCUGAGCCGCCUAUGUCACUCAAAAAAAAAAUCCUUUUCAUGUAUGUGCCACAAGGCUGAAAAAUCACCAUCACAUCUGAAUCAUAUAGAUUCAUGUUCACGAUUCAUAUUUAUUUCCCUUUGUUUUUGGGUAUGGUAAUGUAUGAUAGUGAGUUUAAAACAAAAGAAAAUAAAAUUUAAACCAAUGAUAAAAUUGAACCACAACGUACAUAGUGAGCGUUAUGUUUUUUUUUGUUUAGUCUCUGCAAGACAAACGUUACGGAAAUUCAGAGGAAAGACAUCAGUUUCUUACUCAGCAAGACGAAAGACGCAUUCGCCGUUCGAAAAGCAAUGGCGCCAUGUUCAAAGCUAAUUUUUAGAAAGUAA